ACACCAACUCUCCGUCCCAACUUCCGUGCUCAUAGAUUGAUGACGUUUAAUGCAAGUCUAAAUUUAUGAAUCAAGCGUGCUUCGAAUAAAACCGUGAGACUGGAGUGCCUGAGAUGGAAAAUUAACUUUACUUUUCUUAUUACCAAGAAUAGUCAUGGAACAUUUAGUAAAGUUAAUAGGCUUUACAGGGAGCAUUUCAUCAAGAACAGCUCUCCGUCGAGGUAUUGUAUUCAAACCAGGGCCCUUACUAGGUGUGCCAAAGACAAGAACUGUGACAUCAGGACCUGACAUCAAUGAGGACAAGACAUAUAAUAGGACUGAAGCCAGUUUGAAACAAAAACAGAAUAAACAUUAUUUGAACAGAAAUGGUGCUUUUUCUGAUAAAACUACCAGGGCGCAAAAUGAACAGCCUGGAAAACAUCAGUAUCGCCCUGACAAGAGUUUCACUGAUGAUGUUUCUUCAACGGGGGAGUAUAGGAGAAAUCAAAGAGUCCAGCCUCGUAGGAAAGAUAACUUUAAAAACAGUGUCCCUGUUCAUGGUGCCAGGCGACCUAGACAUGACAGUGAAUUUAUGGCAAGAGAAAGAGAAAUGGAGAGGCAGAGGGUUAAGACACGCAAGGAAAAUAAAAACAUAGGACACACAAAACAACAUCCGUACCUUGAACGUUCAUUAUGGACCAACAGCAAGGCUCUGACAAAACACUUGUUACAAAAUGUUCUCUAUCAGGAUAAACAUUACAUAGCUUUUAACAAACCAGCUGAUGUCCCCAUCUUUACUCCAAAUCUCGACAAGAAAAAGAAGAGAGAUGCCAUUCCAGAGGACCCGAUAGAGCAUCCCUCCCAGAUACCAUCAGUAAUGUCCGUUCUGCCAGAAUUGAAAGACAGCCUCAAUCAGAGCCACAUGUUUCUCACCUGUUAUCAGAAGGAUUGUAGGGAGUCUCAAUUUCAUAUGAAGCACAGUGGUGUCCUUCUGUUUGUCAAGUCAUUGGAGGCAGAUAAAGCGCUACGCAAAUAUGCUCAGAGUAUUGUGUCCCAGAAACUGGAGUCACAGACAUUCUGGGCAGUAACAGUUGGUAUUCCUACAAAAGAUGAAGGUGUGGAAGAGCUUGGGCUGGAGAGGAGAGAACUUCAGAAAAAUGUUUUGUCAUUUGUGACCAGAAAUUGCUCCCUCAAGGCAAGGAAGAACCGCACAGUGAUAGUGCCUACUAUUGCCCACACAGUUCUGGCCAAAAACAAUGAAGUUGGCAGUGCCUUGGUCCAGCUGAAGCCCACGAAUAAUAAGUGGGACUGUCUCCAGGUGCAUCUGGCCCGGAUGUUGUCACCUGUCCUUGGAGACCACACCUACUCCUCCAGAGUUCAAUACAUGAUGGGCAAGCCAACAGUGGUCAAUGCAGCAGUAGCCACUCCAAAACCACAGAUUCUUCCGGAGCUUCUAGAGAGUCAAUUACGAAUGAGAUUUAUUCGCUGAAAAAGACAUCAUCCCUUUGCACCUACACUGCAAUCAGCUGGUCAUUCCACAGCUGAACUCCGAGGGAAAGUUCCCAAACAAGAUGCGCAGCAGGAUGUGGGUGACCAUAAGGGCCCCCAUGCCAGACUAUUUUUACUGGACACUUGACCAGCUGGGUUUAGAACCACCCGAGGGCUGGCGUCCAGUGGUUGAGAAGAUUGCAGAUGGCGACACUAGUACUCAGGAGCUUGAUCAUGCCACUGAUGGACAAGCUGGUCUUAAUACUGGUGACCAGAGUGGUGACCAGAGUGGUGACCAGUGACCACCCCAGUUAAGCACCAGUAGUGGACCAAGUAUUCUUAGAUUCUUUAGCAUUAUGUUGUACCCAAAGCUGGUUGCCUUCGGCAAAGUCAUUCACUCAUGUUGAUGGCCGUGUCCACUUAUGCUUGAUUCUGGGUAUUCUCAGUCAUAAUUCAAUUACAGUUUUACUGUGUCAACAUAGCAGACAACAGGUGCCACCUCCUCACAACAAUAUGCAUCCACGAGACCAUAGAGAUGGUGCCUUUAUAAAAUGCCUCUGACAAGUGUUUUUAAGAAUUUUCCUAGUUAAAUUUUGCAACUUGUAGUGCUUCACUCAUAUCCUGUAAUCAUCCAUUCAGUAGCAGUGAGGUCAGCAAUUUAGUGAAUGGCAAUCUGGCACAGUGACAGUACAUCAGUGAUCUUAUAGUUAAUUGACUUCAUUAUUCACACCAGGCCAGAGAUAGCUUUAAUCUGUAUUCUGGCUAGAGUUUUGCUGGUUGCUUAGUGGCUCACUUCUUUGUGGCAUCUUUGUGACAUCUUUGUGACAUCUUAAUCACAUGAUCACAACAAAGUGAUGGAAGAACUAAGCAUGGUCUCCUGAUAAAAUAUGUGUUCAUGCAGAAUUUCAUAUUUUUUGCAUUUCGGCAAUGUCUUUUUUGUUUAAAUUUCUGCCUUAAGUAACAGAUAAUGCUGAAACUUGCUUGAUUGCUUUAGUUUUGAAACCAACUGAAGUUGAUUAAAAGGAAAAAGCAACACGUACAGGGAAUUAAAAGUGUGAAUUUAUUGCAUUAUGAAGAAGAAAUGCAAAGACAUAUUUAGAAGAAUAAUAUGUGGAAAAGUCCUAAUACUCUAAAUGGUAUAAAAGUCAUGUUCAUUACCUGUUUGUUUUGAUUUAUCAUAACAAAGACAAUUUUGGCACCUUGAGGAUAUGUCUCUGACUGUGAAUAGUGAGAUUCUGAUUAUGAGACAGUGAUACAUACCUCCCUCAUUUUAAAACAAUUAACUACUAGGUAUAUACAUAAGAAAAACAAGACUGAAUAUCUAAGUUCCAGUCAGUUCUCUCUCCUUACUGAUUCACUGCAGAAAAUGUUAAAUUUAUUUCAUGGCAAAUUAACCCCUUCCUUAGCACUCUGACUUUUCAAUUAUAAAAUACCCCACUGCAAAAAACUGAUCUUGGUUUACUAUUCGUGUUGAUACUUUGCAACUGUUACACAAUAUUUUAAAACUGGAUACACAUCAGCUCAAUUUCUAUGACAGAGUAUGAAUUAUAUUGCAUAGAUAGUGAUCAAAACAGUUUGCUUUUCUCAGACCUCAUUACUGUAAUUUUUUCAACCUCAGAACUUGAUCUCAAUACAAGUUGCCUUCCUUUCAGACCAAAGGCAGUCCUCUAAGUCUAAGCUGAUAUAUAAGUUCCUGAUUACAAUAUGAUUAAAUAUGUGAUGAAUUAUAAAAGUUAAUACUUUCUACAUGUAAAUGUCAUAAAAAAUAAAGAGAACAUAAUGAUUGAUGAAUGUCAUUACAACAA